AUGAGUAAAACGAAGAAUAAAAGUGAUAAUAAGACGGAAAAGGCUUUGGCUGCGGAGAAAGAACAGUUCGGAAAACAACAGCUCCACAGCAUCAGCAAAGCUGUCACCACAGCUGAAACACCACCAAAAGACAAACAUGUACGCAAUAUCAUCAUGGGAACUCAUAAAGAGGGUGGAGCUACGACCUUCUGGUCGUAUGUCUUGAACCUACCUCUAUCCAGCAACUCCAUUGUGAGCUGGAAGUUUUGCUAUCUGGUUCACAAAAUCCUCAGGGAUGGACACAGAAAUGUGGUGACGGAUUCUUACAGAUACUGUCGUAAUGUGAAAGAUAUGGGCACCCUCUGGGGAAACUUGCAUGAUCGAUAUGGGCACAUUGUUGCCUUGUCCUCCAAAUACCUCUGCCAAAAAAUGGAAUUUCAUAAAAAGCACAAGGUUAUCCCAGGUAACCUGGAGGCCAGUGAUGAGACUUUGGAGAAGGAAGCAGGAAGUGACAUGAACAAAGUGCUGGAUAUGACACAGGAGCUGUUGGAUUACCUGGAUGCUGGACUCAAGAUGGCUGACACAGUAUUUCGCCAGGUGGAGGCCAACCAGGCCAAAUCUACAACUCCAGCUGGGCAGUGCAGAUUGAUGCCACUCAUACCUCUCAUACAGGACUGCAGCUUUCUCUAUCACUUCUGUGUGCGAUUGUUGUUUAAGCUUCACAGCCGCAUUUCUCCGGAUGUUCUUCUUGGACACAGAGACCGGUUCCGUGAUCUGUUUAUGAGCCUCACACAGUUCUUUGACAAAGCCAGAGAAAUGGAGUUCUUUAAAACUUUCAUCCAGAUCCCAGAUCUCCCAGAUGCUCCUCCAAACUUCCUCCGAGCUGCUGCCUUGGCUGAGUACAAAAAACCAGUAGUAGUGAUGCCAAACGAGGAGCAUCAUGAGGAGGAGGAGGAUGUGGAGCCACAACCAGAGUUGAGAGAAGCUUCUCAAAUGCCACAGGUAUGUUUUUUAUCAAACCAGUACUAUCUGCUCAACCAAAUGAGAACACCUGAUUCUUCAGUGGAGCACAGAGAAAUGGAAAAUGACAGUCUGAAGAGAGAGCUAGAUGUUCUGAAACCAGAAUUACAGAUCUUCAAGAAUGAGGCUCAGAGGUGUGUAACAGAGUUAAAGGCUCAAGUGAACCGAUUGGAGGCUGAGGUCGAGGAGCAGCGCACCCACAAGCAGAUGGCAAUGGUUGAAAACGAACACCUGCGCAUGGAAGUGGAGGCUUUACGAAGCGCUAAUGUGGCUAACAUCGGGGCACAGAUUGGAUUCAAAGAGGCAGAUGGCAGAGCUCAAGCAGCAGAGCUUCGUUUCACUCAACUUAAAGAGAGACAUGCAGAGCUGGUUAGCAGCCAUGCAGACCUAAUGAAGAAGAAUACAGAAACGGUGAAGAUUCUGUCAAGCACCAAACAAGAGCAUGAUGAUUUGCAGAGGGCUAAAUAUCAUCUAGAAACUGAGCUGGAAAAUCUACGACGGGAGAAAAGCAAUGUGAUGAAUCAGCAGCAGAUGGAGGUUGACCGCCUGAACCAAGAACUGCUGGAGCAAAGAGCAGAGCUCGCCACCUUGCGCAGUACUCUGGAGAGUAAAGAGAAGGAGGGAUCUCAGGUGAGCAGCAGCUUGACAGCUCUGCAGGCUGAGCGGGAAGUGCUGCUACGCUCUGCAAGAGAAAAAGAUGCAGAGCUUACCACUCUGAGACAACAGGCACAACUACAGCAGAGCUCCCUGGACUUGGAAAGAGACAGGACCAACCGAGAGCUGGAGGAUCUGAGAGCUCAGCUACAGCAGCAGCUUGCCAUAAAUGCAGCGCAGAAGUUAGAGAUUGACAGGCUCAAGCGAGAUUUGGAAUCCACACGAGCAGAACUGACACAAGCAAACAACAUCCUGCAAAGCAAAGAAAUGAGUGGUACCCAGCUAAACAACACACUGGCAGGGCUGCAGGUGGAAAAGGAGGGGUUGCUGCGUAUGAUGCGGGAACAGGAAGCUGAGCUGAAAACCCUCAGACAACAAACUCAUCUUCAACAGUCCUCCCUAGAGCAGGAGAGGCAGAGGAGCAGCAUGGAACUGGGAGGCUUACAUGCCCAGUUACAGCAACAGGCUUCUCGUGAAAGUCAGCUAGCCCAGAAGCUGCAGGAGGAGCAGUUUUGUCUGCUACAGUGUGCAGUGGUGGAAGCUGAGGGCAUCAUACUGGACGCUGUGGCCAAACUGGAUGACCCUAUACACGUCCGCUGCAUCAGCUCUCCUGAUUAUUUGGUGAACCGAGCAGAAAUCACCCUGAAUUCUAUUGACAAAAUGCAACAGAGCCACUUGGCCUAUCUGGGAAACAGUAAUGAUGCCAGUGGUUUGCUAAGAGCAGUCACACAGUUUUCCCACCUUGCUGCUGACACAAUUGUUAACGGAUCGGCAACAUCUCACUCAGCCCCUGUCGACCAGGCGAACUAUCUGACUGACAGCUGUCGGGACUGUGCCAAUCACUGCCUUCAGUUCUUGAAGGAUUUGAAGAUUCAGGCGAGUUUACAGCGAGCAGACCCGUCUGCAAUACGCUAUACUGUUCAACGCAUCCUCGCGGUAGGACAGGAUUUGCGUCCAAAAGGGCAUGAUGUGCUAAAAGAAGAACUAGGAAGCAUGGUGGACAAAGAGAUGCUCGCCACAUCUACUGCCAUUGAAGAGGCUGUCUUGCGAAUGGAUGAAAUACUGAGUCAGGCAAAGAAAGACAAUACUGGUGUCAAACUGGAGGUCAAUCAGAAUAUCCUGGGAUCCUGCUCAGACCUGAUGAAGGCUGUUCACAUGCUGGUGACUGCUGCUACUGACCUACAGAAAGACAUUGUGGAAGGAGGAAGGGGUGCAGCAACUGUUACUGAAUUCUAUGCCAAAAACUCUCGCUGGACCGAAGGACUCAUCUCUGCUUCCAAAGCUGUGGGCUGGGGGGCCACACAGCUGCUGGACUCAGCUGACCGGGUUGUGGGUGAAAAAGGCACAUAUGAGGAGCUCAUUGCCUGUUCACAUGAGAUUGCUGCAAGCACUGCUCAGCUAGUUGCUGCUUCCAAGGUAAAAGCUGACCGCAACAACAAGAAGCUGAAUACGCUGCAGCAGGCCUCAAGGCAUGUAAAUGACAUGGCUGCUGUGGUCGUCACCUCCACCAAACAUGGGCAGCAGCAGAUCUCUGACCACGGCUUGAUGGACUUCUCCGGCAUGUCUCUGAUCAAGCUUAAAAAAGAAGAAAUGGAAGCUCAGGUUAAGGUGCUGCAGCUGGAGAGCCAGCUGGAACAGGAGCGAGUACGCUUGGGGGAACUGAGGAAGAGGCACUAUGAGCUUGGUGUGUCAGGGGAUGGAGGGGAUGGAGUUGAUAGCUUCCCACCACCGCCACCACCUACUCUGCUUGACUCCACUGCAGUGCCCCAGUCCUUUGCACAGACACAACCUUAUUCAAACACCCCAGGUUUUUCACAGUCAAAUCCCUUGGCACAGAAUCAAACACAGUCCUCCUCUCUGCCACAGUCUUAUACACCUUCUCAAACCUACACACCUUCUCAAACCUACACACCUUCUCAAACCUACACACCUUCUCAAACCUACACACCUUCUCAAACCUACACACCUUCUCAAACCUACACACCUUCUCAAACCUACACGCCUUACCAGCCCUAUAUCCCGCCUCAGCUUUUCACACCAUCUCAGCCCUACACUCCAAACCAAAGUAACUUAAAUCCUCACUCUUAUUCAUUGUCACAACCCUCACAACCCACAUCCAGUCCUGCUCAGCCUAAACAGAACCAGGCUGCCUCACAUAACAGCACAGAGCAACACACCAAACUAAGCCUAAAAAAACCAAAUAUCUUUACCAAAUCUGGGAACUUGCUGAAGAAUGCGUUCAAACGGGGUGAACAUGGAACAGGAGAAUCUUGA